UCUCCCCGCUCUCAUCUGCUGCUGUACGGACCCUUCGUGGACUCAAUUCGAAGACCGGUCUAGCUGACACCUCAAACAGAGACCAUGCAGAAGUGCCGGGCCGUCAAUCCUGUCCUGGGGUCCAGGGCGUUCGUCCCCACCCCCCGUGUCCAAUUCCAAGUGCAGCGCCGCAAUCUUCAAGAUGUCACAAUUACCAGGACCGGAAAGCCCCUCAUAAAGGUCCAGGGUGGACGGUCAUCUCUCGGAGGACAUACCGCGACCGUCUUCGGUGCCACCGGUUUCUUGGGUCGGUACAUUGUCAACAAAUUGGCUACACAGGGAUGCACGGUGGUCGUUCCCUACCGUGAGGAGAUGACCAAGCGCCACCUCAAGGUCACCGGUGACUUAGGACGGGUCGUUUUCAUUGAAUACGACCUGCGCAACACCCAGUCCAUCGAGGAGAGUGUCCGACACUCUGACGUCGUUUACAACCUUGUCGGCCGCGAAUACCCUACCAAGAACUUCUCUUACACCGACGUGCACGUUGACGGUACCGAGCGGAUCGCCGAGGCCGCCGCCAAGUACGACGUUGAUCGAUUCAUCCAUGUUUCCUCAUACAACGCCAACAAGAACUCUCCCUCCGAGUACUUCGCUACCAAGGGAUGGGGUGAGGAAGUGGCACGCUCUAUCUACCCUGAGACCACAAUCGUCCGACCCGCUCCUAUGUUCGGCUUCGAAGACAGACUCCUGCACAAGCUUGCCAGUGCGACCAACCUGUUCACCUCCAACCACCUUCAGCAACGCUCUUGGCCCGUUCACGUCAUCAACGUCGGUUCUGCCCUCGAGCGCAUGCUGCACGAUGACACCACUGCCGGCCAAACCUUCGAGCUUUACGGCCCCAAGAACUACUCUCCCGCUGAGAUUGCUGAAUUCGUUGACCGGGAAAUCGUCAAGCGCCGCCGCCAUAUCAAUGUUCCCAAGCGCGUCCUGAAGCCCGCCGCUCACCUUCUCAACAAGUACCUCUGGUGGCACACUCUGAGCGCCGAUGAGGUCGAGCGCGAAUUUAUCGACCAGGAAAUCGACGAGACAGCCAAGACGUUCAAGGAUCUCGGAAUCGAGCCUGAUGAGUUGUCCAACCUCACCUUCCACUACCUGAAAGGCUACCGAAGCUCCUCCUACUAUGACUUGCCCCCAGCUACUGAACGGGAGCGAGCGGAGGAGAAGAAGUACGUCCACGUUCUCGACGAUCAGUAGUCUUGUUUUUUUUAGUGUACAUAACCAUACUAGACGCAUUGAUUCCGUUUGUUCAAAGUACAUGUAGCCAACAAUUCGCCGUAGUCAUCCAUUCUACGUACUGCUUGUACUCCAAUCGUCAACGCGGGACACCCCAGCUCCGCUCC